AUGCUCUCACAAUCCCCCUUUUGCUCCACUCUGUUUCCAUUCGUACAGAGAAGAAAGUUAUUCGGCCAAAACGUCCAGCCACCGUGGAACGACCUCCUUCUNCCUCCUUCUGGAUGUGAGGUGCCAGUGGAUAAGCGGAAUGGGACGCAUUUGGAUGAAUGGGUAAACGGACACAACCAAAGCCCACCAACAACAACACAACCACAGCUGGUCUCGGUUAGAAAGCCCAGUGCUCGAGGAAGUCAAUCGAAGGAGAUGAGCUUCUUCGAGGAAGCUCAAAUGGCUAACGAGAACACAUGGGACGAACCGCGGGAAGAGUCCAACGGACACCUCGAUUCAAGCUAUGAACCGCGAGAGUCCGUGGAUAUUUCCGAGUCAGCUCAAUCUGUAGAGAAUUAUUUAUCCCAUGAACCUUUAAAUCACGAACCAGAAGAGCCGGAUGAACCAGCAUCACAUUUUACCAAGUUCUCGCCACAGCAAUCUGUUGAGUCAACAGAGCCACGUCGUUCAUUCACACCAAACUUGGAUCGGGCAGCCGCGGCCGGCAAUCUAUUCGAAGAACUGCAAGCUCAUGACACAGAGCACCGAUUAGAUGACGAGGUGUUGCACGCGGAACACUGUGAACAAUUACAGGAGACAACCGCUCCACUGUUUGUAAGCACUGGGGAAGAAGAGGGUGACGAAAUGCCACAAAAUGCAUUCCCAGUUCACACGUUUGAUAAUCAACCACAUCAUCUUGCCCAGAGUUCACAGCCCGGUGAGAAANACCCUGAAACCAGUGUGACUUCAGACAAAGAGGACGACUAUAUCGGUGCCUUUCUGAAAACCCAGCCGAAACUGAGUCACCCGACCGGUGAGAAUCAUGCAACAACCAUCGUGGAUAAUCACGCGGAUCAGGUUGGUACUUCCGUGGUCCAUCCGGAUUCGACGAAUGCACAUGACUCUGACUUUCCUGAAGACUAA